GUGACGAAAGGAAACAACUAGUCCGACCCAUAGGCUCGGUCAGCCCACCCCAGACCCCAGACCUUUCCCCUUCCGUCCCCGGCCGGCGCCAACGCCACUCCAGUGAGCCGAGGGCGGAGACGGUCACGGUGGGCAGAGUGACACGCCGCACGCCUCUCCGCCCCGCUCCGCUCCAGAUUGCGCGCACCCACCCAUGGCGCUCGCCGCUUCCCACCACGGCCUCCUGCCCUUCGCCCCCGCUGCCACGCCUACCCCGUCACGGUGGCACCUGCGCUUCCGCGCCGCGCGCCCUCUGCCCCGCCCCGCCCGGAGAAUUUGUUGCCAAUCUAUCAACUCAGCUAAUGUGUUGGGAGUUUCUUCAACGACAUCUGAUGAGGCAGUCCCAGUCCCAGUUGUCCAGAUAGAUCAGGACUCAGACCGUGAUGCGACCAUUGUGCAGCUAAGUUUUGGAGAUCGCUUGGGGGCACUACUUGACACGAUGAAAGCACUCAAGGACCUUGGCCUUGAUGUCACAAAAGGAAGUGUGACAACUGACUCAGCUGUCACACAAACAAAGUUCCACAUCAUGCGAUUUGGGCGCAAGGUUGAGGACCCUGACAUGUUAGAAAGGAUUCGGCUAACCAUCAUCAACAACCUUCUCCAGUACCAUCCUGAAUCAAGUGAGAAGUUAGCCAUGGGUGAAUUUUUUGGGAUAAAACCUCCUGAGAAGAAGGUAGAUGUUGAUAUUGCAACACAUAUAGUUGUUGAAGAUGACGGACCAAAAAGAAGCAUACUUUACAUAGAGACCGCCGACCGGCCUGGCCUACUUCUUGAGAUAAUCAAGAUCAUCGCGGACACAAAUAUUGAUGUGGAAUCAGCUGAGAUUGAUACUGAAGGUUUGGUUGCGAAGGACAAGUUUCAUGUAAGUUACAGAGGUGGAAAACUAAACAGCUCCUUAUCUCAGGCGCUGACCAAUUGCCUGCGUUAUUACCUCCGAAGGCCUGAGACAGAUGAAGACAGCUAUUGAUUGUUGUGUUUGUCGAACCUUCCUAUAGUGCAUUAGAAUCAGAAACUUUGGCUUCAGUUCCUUCGCUAUGGGCCCCUUGUACUGCUGCAAAUGGAGUUUUCCAUUGUAGCUGAUAAAGUGCCGACAAGGUGCAUCCAUAUGUGCAUAGGUGGCACUGAAUCGGGGCUCACUGGACCAGUUUGAUAUUGUAGUAAUAUAUAUACAGCUGGGAGCAACAUAAUUUAGGUUUCGAUCAUCAUUAUCCCAUUUGAUUCCUGUUAUAAGGGAUCACAUUGGAAAACCCUCACAUGAUUGAUGUUGUCUGUAUUCUGUAAGUUGGUGCAAUCCAUUUGCAUGUAAAACUCAGCUGCGUACUGUGGCGUUCUAUGUAGUGGAAUAAAUAAAAGAGCAUUACGAAAUCACCGAGCAGCUUGCUCCUGCUUUCCAAUCA